CGCUUCAACGCCAUCUUUGCUUAAAUGUCACGCUGACAAAAGCGGCCAUUUAUGAGUUCUCAGUGUUUUUGUUUGACUGGUAUCAACAGUUACGUGACAAAAUGCCGAAAAAUAUCACGAGUGAAGUGCGCGAGAUAAUAUUAAAAGUAAAAGAAUUUAUGGAUGAAGAGAAACGAAUGCAAGUCCCGAUAAUACCACUGAGUAAAGUGUACGUAAGAGUUUCCGCUGCCACAGGUGUAUCCGAGCGCACAGUGCUGAACAUUGUCAAAGAGGCGCGACUCGUCGAGCAGGGUCUCUUAGACCCGGAGACAUUAAAGAAGACUCCAAAGAAACGAGUCCGCACGAAAGGCAAAAUAGAAGUCGACGAAUUCGACUUGCAAGUCAUACGCAGAAAAGUACACGAGUUCUACGCUUUCAAAAAAGAAGUGCCAACAAUAAACAAACUGCUACAAAUAUUGAAAGAAGAAAUCAACUUCAAAGGGUCGAGAGAGACGCUUAGAAAGAUACUGAGGAAGAAUGGAUUCCAGUUUAGGAAGACUAAGAACAAUAAAGAUAAGGAACAGCCGCCUGAGACGACUCCGAACGUGCCGCCGAUGGUGCCUCCGUACAUCCACACGAUGUUCAGUCAUAAGAACAUACAGACCUAGGUAGUUAUAGUUAUAUAUGUAUAGUAUUUUAGUAUAGAUGUGUUUAUUUACACACUGAGGUUUUAAAUGCGUGGUCUCUGAGAAAUACGAACUUUUUUGAGAUAAUUCAUGUUCUCGGCUACUUCUAUUCAUUUUUUUCUUACCGUGUUAUCGUGACGCAAAAACACAGAAAAACUUUCGCUUUUAUUAUUAGUCUCUACCCUUUUCUCAAGCUGUGUUAGAGUAAGCUGUAAACUUGCAGGAUUUCUGUCGAAUAUCGUAGCAUUAAAUAUAGAAUAACAGCAACCAAAAAAUGUUCGCUGUCAGAUUCUCAACGCGCUUCGUCGUCUGUCAAAUACUAGUGAUUUUUUUUAUUGAUUUAUUAGUUUAUGUUCUCACUAGUAUUAAGCAAAAACUCAAUAUUACAGAAACGAUUAUAAAGUCAUUGGAAAUCUCUAUCACCACUUAAUAAAGAGACGUCAUUAGUAAUAGGCAAAAAACCGGCAAAGGCGGAUCCUACAAAGGGUGCGUUACAAAUAGGCUUAAUAUAAACUUAUCCAUUGGUUGACAAAUAAACUUAUGGGGAUCCACCCUCAACUCGUAACAGUCGAUGUUUUUUAAGAAAAAAAAAUAAGGCAAGAAGAAAAAAAUAUUUUAUUAUUAGUUACAGGUAAAUUAUAACUCUAGUCGGCGGCUCUAAUCGCCAACCGGAAUCGGAACUAGUUAACAGCUAAUGGGCUUCGCUUUCAUCUCAAUAAUAUAGUAUUUUCAUAAUUACCGUAGUAUGGCUGUUCCGUUUCACCAAUAGUUAUGUGACUGACUUGUCACGAAGCAGGAUAGAAAUUUUCGCUUUUAAAAUUCUUUAUUUGCGAAUUCAGUGUUUAUAUAAAGAUGUUACAAUGAUCAAUGGGAAUACAUACUAAAUUCUGCCUCUCAGCUUGCAAAUUAAAAAUUACAUUCAAAUAAAAAGCUAUGAAACUCAGAGAAUAUAUGUACAAAAGAUAAAAUUAAAAGUAACAAGUUUCUAAUGCAUUGUAUCCAGAAUAACACUCAACCCUACAGGAUCACUUUUAUGUUAUCAAAUAUAAACGAUUGUAGCAACCAGUAAUUGUCUUUGUGCAUGUGACUUGAAUGUUUGUAAAACCUCCUGCAAUAGGGAUGUCGACUGGGUAUAAAAGGAAA